GAGAGAGAGAGAGAGCAGGAGUUACCGGCUGAAAUAGCAAUUUGCACAGCCUCCAGCUGCCGGAAGACCAUCGGCGAGCCAGCGAUGAUGCCGCGCGCCGACAGCAGCACGUCGACCGUAACCGGCGAGAGAAAGCCACGGAGGCAGCAGCUACCACCGGCCACCCUCAGAAAGUGGUGGCCGUGGUGGUUGCUGCUACCAGGAUGUUUGGCAUCGUGGACGCGAUACGUCGAGGAGUACGACUCCAUUAGAGUGGCCAGGUGCGACGCCCGCUGCGGGGAGAGCCAUCCCGACGAGUGCGUGCAGAACUGCCUGGCGUCGAACUACACGAAACCCGGACACUGCCCCGAGAGAACGUUCAUGACGCCCUUCGAAGCCGCCUGCCUGGUUGCCUGCGUCGACGACUCCCGUUGCCCGGACCUGGCCAAGUGCUGCAACCACGACUGCGGCGUCACGUGCAUGCACCCCGUCGGCUUGGACGGCCGAAACGACCUGCCAGUCGUGCCGGAGAACCUACGGAUACGCCAGCAGAAGAGCAACCUGGUGCUCCUGACCUGGCGCAGCGGCAGGCCGGCAGUCGCCAACGCGACCUCCAUCCCCGACGCCGCCGACGACGACGACGAGGACGUGCGGUACUUGGUGGAGGAGCGCCACCUCGUCGGGCCCAGGUACCUGGAGUCCAGGCUGAGCUCCUGGACUGUGUGCCACGUGUCGACGAAGCCGCACGCGACCCUCCGCGGCCGGCUCAAGACCGGACACUGGUAUCAGUUUCGCGUGGCGGCCGUCAACGGGAUCGGCUCGCGCGGCUAUUCGCAGCCCUCCAGACCCUUCAAGACUAAAGAGCCGCGAAACCCGAAGGAGCCGCAGAAUCUGACGUUGUCGAACGCGCGCCUCGUCGGCGGGAAGCUGCGCAUCAAUCUGCGCUGGGUGAAGCCGACGUCGGACGUACCGAUAUCCUUCUACAAGGUGUUCUGGAGCAGGCUGAUUCACGGGCCGACCAACGACUCCAUCCUCGUCUACCACAAGACGGUCCUAAAAGACAAGACGUGCUACGAGCUGAAGAAUCUCGAGCUCAAGUGCCAGUACUUCCUGCAGGUACAGGCGGUCGCGGUGUACGGCGGCCGGCGUUUGGCGUCGCGCAAGGCCUCCAAGGUGUUCAACAGCACCGACUACAUGGCGUACGCCGACGUCGAGAGACGUUCUCGCAGGUGCGAGCGAACCCAGGCUGGGCUCCACGUGCGUCGCAUGAGCUGCCACUGUGGCGACGUGAAGGUGCGCCUGGUCUGGCCGGCGAACGGCGACGCCAAGAUGUACAACGUCACGUGGCGGGAGGAGUCCUGCUCGCGCGAGAAAAGCCCGGAACACCGGCGGAAGGCCGACGCUUGGCAGCUGGUCCAGACGUCGCACUGCGAGCUGCAACAACUGCGAAACGACUGCACGUACAAGGCGAACGUGCGCAACGUACCGAAGGACGACGGAGGCGACGGCCACGGAGCCAGCAUAGAGUUCUUUGCGACCGGCUGUCAGGACGAGCAGAAGCGGCAGAAGCACUCGCGGCGGAAGAGCGCGCGAUGCAAGACGAGACCGUCCAGAUCCCGACGGCACUUCGCCGGUCCACUUGUAUGAUAUAAACUCGCUGACGGCGGGGGUGAGACGCGACCGAAUGGGGUCGCGAGUCGCGACGCUGAUGUCCGCGAUUUGUGGGCAGACGACAUCCACAGCUCGUGGAUAUCGCCGGAGGGACUCGUGCUUCGUUCGCGUGUCGAUUUCUCGAGGAGGGCGAGCGCGCGAGGCCUCUGCGAUUUUUCCGAACCUUUGGAAUUAGCUUCCCCGAAUCUGUCUUUGGUACUUGGUGGGCUUCGCUCCCGGCUGAAAGACCGGGUCUGAGUGGCCGAGACGUACUGUAAGAUUCUUCCACGUGAAACUUUAUUCUUGCAUAAAGAGGGAAAUAAUU